AUGGAGACCAUCAUGGAGAAACUGCAAAACCAACUCGACACAAUGCAGGAAGCACUUGCCAUGGUCCAAAACACAUUCACCUGCAUCAACCAAACAAGGCAAAACAUGAUAAACGAAACUCCAGUGGAAAUGCCAUACAAGCAUGUCGUCGUCACCAAAACCUUCAUCAACGACCUCGAUCAAGACACAAUGUUCAUGCUGGACAUCUUCCAGGCAAUGCAGGAGAACAUGGCUUCAGCAAUCGAGAUCUGCAAGAAAAUCAUCAACAACCACCAAGUCCCAUGA